AUGAUGGGCGAUGUGGGCCUGGUGGGUUGCCUGGUCGAGAGGCUCACGUCCAGGCUUCCCCACCGAACCGGCAACCCGGCCCAGGACCUCUAUCAAGACGACAUUGCCUCCAUCACGCGAGGCACUAUCAUCAAGCUCAGCACCGGCUCCAUUGCCGUCGUCCUCGACGCCCUGCUGUCCCUACUCGAGGAACUCGCGCGUCCCUACAAGGCCGUGCUCUCGCACCCGCCCCAUGUGCUCCUCUCGGAGCUCUACACGCUCGAAUUGAUCGCCGACUGCUGCGCCAGCCAUUGGGAUGCCUCGCGCGCUGCUGCUGCCGCCGCCGCCGCCGCCCAGCAGCCCGGCGGCCAUGGCACGCUCUCGACGCCCCAGCCGGCACCCCUCCCCGUCCUCCCCGCCUCCGACGAGCCUCUGCGCGAGACGUUGAUCGGCCGAGUCUUCGAGGUUGUGAAGCUGCUGUUCGAACCAAUCCCCGAGGCUUAUGUGCUGCCCGCCAAGACCAUCCUCGACCAGUCCUCGGGCAAGCACACGGCCGUCCAGCUGCUCGAGGAGUCGACGCGUACGCCUCUGUCCACGCCGUCCAACGAGCCGCUCGAGAGCGGCCGUCUGCUCCAGGCCCAUGCCCCCGCCAUUGAGUCGCAUAUCAGAACCAUGAUCGAGUACGUGACGGCCUCGAGCUGGCCCACGGCCUUCGACUACUUCCGGAACGUCAUCUAUAACAUGCGGACCGCCCUGCCCGUCCCCGGCGCCACCCUGCCCAACGCCACUGCCGCUGACGAGGAGAGGAGCGCACUCAUCGUCCUGCGCCUCGUCUCGUCCUUUUGGGUCGACAGCCAGAAGCUCUCCCAGGUCAUCCAGGAGUUCAGCUCCAGCUUCCUCCACUUCCGCAAGUCCUUCCAGAACACGGUCGCCCUUGUCACCCCGCUGCUCAUCACGCGCUGGUUCGACCGGUACCCCGACGAGUUUGUGCAGCUGCACACGAUGCAGAAGCGCCGUGACAACGGGCCCGACGUACUGUUCGACAUGACGCAGACGGUCGUCGACAAUGGGCGGAGGCGCACUCUACUCUACCCCCUGCAGACGACGCUGCUGUUUCUGCUGCCCGAAGUCUUCGAGGUGGCCAGCAACCUGCGCGAGGCCAAGAGCAGCAGCAUGACCAAGAAGGUGGGCUUCCUCGACGGCCUGCGCAAGGCCCUGAGGAAUCGCAACGAGCAUGCCGCCUACUGCCUGGUCCUGCUGCUCCGCGCCGCCCGCCACUUCGACGCCGAGAGCGAUUCCGCCCUCCUGAGCUACGCCAUGGACGUGCAGGACGAGGUCCGCGACGCCGUGUUCCGCCGCUUCUCGCCCGGCGUCGACGGUGCCCUCUUUGAGCAGGACCUCAUGACGGCCGCUUUUGUCAGCCUGACCCAUCUCAGCUUUGAGAGCUCCGUCAAGUCCCUGGCGCAGUCGUGUCUUGCCUCCCCCGCCCCGCACAGCUUCAAAAUCUCGGUCAUCCAGGCGUGUUCCCACUUUGCCAGGUUGGGCAAUGUCGACCAGUACCAGCCGCUGUUUACGGCCGCCUCGGCCUUCAUCCAGGGGCAGCUGCAGACCAUGUCGGAACUCUUAGCCGAAGGCUACAUCGAGGACCAGAGCGGUUCGCGAAAGGCGGUGGAGAGCACGUCAUAUGUCAAUAUGAUAUGCAACAUCUUGAACUUUCUGGAUGCCUCGCCCAUGACCCUGCUUGAGGGGCCGCCCACUGACCGGGUGGAGCGUAAUCGCUUCUACCAGAAGAACAUUGAGGCUCUCGUCUCGUGCGUUAUCUGCGCCGACGAGUCGGUCCGGCGUCUUGCCACAGGCGUCACGAAGCGCCUCUUUGCCAAUGACCAGGUGCUGAAGACAUUGAGGGCGUCCAAGGGCCUCGACUCUCAGGCGUUCAAGAAGAACUUUUGGCGUCUCACCUCGCUCAUCCUGAUAUCGAUCUGCGACAGGGCUGGCCAGCCCGGCACUGCUCAUGGGCUCAAGUCCAUCCAAGGGUACCUUCAGUCGAGGGUGCUCCUCUUGACGUCGAUUCCGGAGCUCGCCGAAAUUUCCGAAGAUGUCAGUGAGCGGAACGAUGCGUCCACAAAGUUGGAGACGCUCUUGCUCGUGUCGCUCUGUUCUGCCGACAUCGAGAUCUGCCAGAUAGUGACAUCCUGCGUGGGGGCCUUUCUCGACGAGUGCCAGAUCAUCGACACGGCAUCCGAAGCGGUCAAGUCUUCGCUGACGCUCUUGCGCAAUGGCGACAUAUUCCGUGAGAUAUCCUCCCGCGCCUUCCGCUUCACGGGUCUCGUGGCGUUCCAGAAGAGGAUCAGGGCGCUCUUGAGACGCAUGCAGUAUCCCAGCAGCGGCAUUCUCGACGCGUGGGAAAUUGUCUUUGAUCUGUGGCUCCACCUCUCCAAGGACGUGUCGACGACAACUGUCGAUGUGGGAGCAGAGAGGACCGUCGCCGAGUGGCGCAACUAUUCGGGUUUCCUGGCCUCGCUGGGAGGCAUCUGCAUUGCCGACCAGGCUUCAGUUCUCGACGAACCCGCCGUCAGCGGACUGAGGUGGAUCGACAGGCUCUCGUCUGAAAACCACGAAGAAACCUUCUUGAGCCGCUACCUCAGGCUAAGCAUCCAGCUCCUAGCUUGCGCCAAUGUCAGGAUCCGCGAGACCAUGAGAGAGGUCUUGUCGACUGAGGUGCCCCCUUCCCUCUACCAGCCCCUCUUCAAGGCUCUCGAGUCGGAGCUUGACGUGCUGUUCACCGGCGCUCUCGAGCCGAGCGUCAAGGGCCAAGACAACGACAUCGUCUUCGCAGAGCAGUCGGCCUCGCUCCUCAAGGCGCUGGUGGAGAGGCUGGAUACGCCGUCAGACCUCGGCGCGGCGUCUUCGCUACAUCUGGGCGCCCUGACCCUCAACUUUGCCAAGUUUCUCGACGGCGUCCCUGACGCCCCGAGCAGCCUCAGGGUCAAGAUCAAGAUCUGCCAGCUCUGCGAGGCCGUCACCAAGAGAAAGGAGCACCUGAACCUCCGAGAUGACGUGCGGAACCGCAACCAGUUGCUGGAGUACAUAUUUAGCUGGAUUGCGCGGCCUCGGUCGCCGCGCAACGAUGGCGCCGUCUUCGCCGGCGGUCGCCAGGACGAGACGGCAAGGGUCCAGCGAGACCUGGACAAGGCUUGCCUCAGGUCUCUGGCCGAGCUCACCUUCCGCUUGCCCCUCCAGCCGGGAGACGGGCAGACGACAGAUGCCGGCACCAGCGAGUUGAAAUCGCAAAUGUUCCACCAGUAUUUCAACCGCUUCUUGUCUCUGCUCAAUCUCGAGCCCGUUGAUCUGGGCCGCAGCGAGCUCCUGGGCAGCACGUCGGGCCGAGACGAGGCGGCUUCGACGGCCGAUCUCGCCAUCACCAUCCUCUCAAAUCUCCUCAGCGCCAACAUCGACGUUGGUCUCAAGCACUCGCUGAGCAUCGGAUACCACGAGAACGUCGAGAUUAGGACGGCGUUUGUGAGGGUCCUUCAUAACAUUCUGGUGCAGGGCACCGAGUUUAAUAAUCUUUCCGACGUUGCCGUCAACGAAAAGUAUGACGAGCUGCUGGAUCUUCUUACAAGCGACACAGCAUUAGCUACCGCCAUGGGUGCGGUCUGUCCCAGCCACGAAGUUGACGAAUUAACGAUUUCCUUGUUAAAUAUUUUCGAAGCUAGGGGGAUGAGUUUUGUGCUUAUUGAGGCCUUGGUCAAGCAAGAGAUUGAAGAGACUGAGAAUGAAUCGGAACUACUCCGUAGAACCUGCGUGGCUACCAAGAUGCUCUCAAUCUACGCUAAAUGGAAGGGGUCUGGCUACCUCAAGGCCACGUUACAAAAGGUGGUCGAGAGACUGAUCUCGGCCGCCAAGGAUCUCAAUCUCGAGCUCGACCCGACGCGAAUCAACUCGCCCGAAGAGCUGCAGAAGAAUGCGCACCAGCUGCAGAUUGUGGCCAAGGUCUUCAUAGAGGACAUCUGUGCGUCUUCGGCGAGCAUUCCGGCGUCGUUCCGCAAGAUUUGCAGCAUAAUUUCUUCGGCCGUGGUGCCGAGAUUCCAGGAGGCCAAGUACACGGCUGUCGGUGCCUUCAUAUUCCUCCGCUUCUUCUGCCCCGCCAUCGUCGCCCCCGAGGUUGAGGGGCUGGUUGCGAAGGCGCCUUCGAAAGAGAUGCGCCGCGGCCUCCUUCUGAUCGCCAAGGUCAUCCAGAACCUGGCAAACAACGUACUGUUUGGUACCAAGGAGCCCUACAUGUUCCCACUAAACGACUUUCUCACUCAGAACAUUUUCAAGGUCACCACCUUUUUGAGGGAGAUAUCUGUCGAACCCGACAAGCUGGAUAGCCCGGUUAGCGGGGAGUCUUUCGACUUCGGCUCGUGCGUCGCGCUUCACCGGUUCCUAUACGACCACUGGGACCACGUCCGCCAGCGGCUCGUCUCCCAGGAGCGGAGGGACUUUGUGAGGUCGCCGGUCGAGUCGAUGAGAGGCCGGUCGCCGGUUCUUGAGCCGCUUAGGAACCUCAUCAUGAACCUGGGACCGCCGCCGCUGGCUGUGACUUGGAACAGGCCGCAGAUCUCGGCAAACACGCCGCCGUCUUACUCCAGGUUCCAGGACUUUAUGCUCCGCAACGCAUUCCGCAGCCCCGAGUCGUUCCUCACGGCUCGCGCCGUGUAUGACGGCGGCGAGAGCAAGGACGGGCUGUCGAUCAUCUGCAUCAUCCUGCGCAACAUCGAUGCCGAGUCGAUCGACUACGAUACGCUGAUUUACUGCUACCUCAAGAUUGCCAGUCGGCUGUGGCACCGCCCCUUCUGUCUUCUCAUCGACGCCACGUGCUACAAUGGACAGAGCGAGCCCCAGGACGAGGUGUUCCACAGGCUGGAGCAGCUCACGCCCACGGAGCUCUCGCGCCAGCUCUCGCGCGUCUACGUCUACAACAUGAACAACGCCUUCCGGAAAUGCUUCCGCCGCAUUCUCAAAAUCUCGACCAGGAACGAAAACAGCGUCUUCAACCCCCGAAACGUCGAGUACCACCUCAUCGGCAGUCUCCAGGACCUGCAGGCCCACUUUCAUCUGAGCCAGCUACACCUUCCCAAGGAAACCAUCAGCGUUGUAACAGACACUAGAUAUGUCUUUCAGCCCAUCACCCGGCUCUCCAAGACCAAGGGGAAGCUCGAGGUGCUGAUCAAGGUGGGCAGCCAGUUUGUGCAGGUCACGACGAACAAGAAGCAGGAGGUUCCCGGCUACCGCCUGAGUUCUAUCAUCAACGACAUCUUCCGGCUCGGAGAGGUGGAUGAGGCGCCGACGCCGAUACAGACCGAGGACGACUCGGCGUUUGGCCUUCGCGCCGACAACGGGAGGGUCGUCAUGUACUUCACCAGCCCCAAGAAGGCCGACGUCUUGCAGGCCAUCAGGGCGGCCAAGGCGAAGUACGGGAAGGACACGCGGGCGCUCAAGUCGUUUGAGAGACUAGUCCGGCCCCAGGACGUGCCAGGCACUCUGCUGAACCUAGCCCUGACCAAUUUAGCGAGCCCAGACCCAAUCCUCAGGCUGUCGUCGUACAACUUGCUAGGCGCGCUGUGCAAGGCCUUCAAGUUCACCGCUGCUUCAAAGCUCCUAAGCGCCAAGGACAUCUCGGUUCCCCUGGACCCGUCCCAGUUCAUCAUCAAGAUCAGCAAGGAGCUUGCGCAGGCCGAGCCACAGCUGACGUCGGACUUUCUGAACGAGUUCUUCGUCGGCUGGGAUAGCUUCUCGGACGAGCAAAAGCCGUUGAGCCUCGCGUACAUGGCGCCCUGGAUUCCUGGCCUGCGCACUUCCCUCCUAGCGGGCGAGCCGGAGAGCGACAAGGCGAGGGAGAAGGUCGCGGCCCUGUUUAGGAAACUCAUCGAUAUCACCCUGUCGGACCCGACGCUGAACUUCACGCUGGAGCAGUCGGUGUGGCCCGUCAUACACCAAGACGAGGUGCUCCUCGACAUCUUCCUCGAGGAGAUCGUCAAGACGGCGCUUAAUAUCGGCUUCGGCGACGACCAGACCGAGACGUUGACUUCGAUAGCGAGCGCCAUUGGCACGAUAACGCUACGAGGCAAGAUAAUAUCGCGUCUGCGGAAGGCCUUGAACCGGUCGUCGCUCCGGCCGACAAAGUAUCUGCCCGAGAACCCGGUGUGGAACGAGCUGUGCGUGCUGCUACAGUUCUGCCUCGCCCUAUCGUUCGACAGCGGCGUACAGUCCCAGCUCUACCUGCCCGAGAUCUUCCACACAGUCACAAUGCUCGCCAACACGGGCACCCCGGACGUGCGCGUCGUAGUACACCGGCUGCUGAUCAACUCGAUACACUCGGCCUGCACCUCGUUCAACCUGGACGAGGCCCGGCACAAGCAGAUGCGGACUACGCUGGAGACGCUCUCAGAUCCCAGGAGCGACAUGUUCUCGAGCCCCGCCAUCAUGAUGCGCGACGGCGCGUCCAUCUCGACGAACCAGGACCUCGGCCCGACGCUGGCUGCUACCGAGAACCUGGCGGCGCUCCUGUUCGAGACGUGCUCUGUCGCUGCGCCCUCUGUCGACAUGGCCAACGCGUGGCGCUCGCGGUGGAUGAGCCUAGUGGCCAGCACGGCCUUCCAGAACAACCCGGCCAUCCAGCCGCGGGCCUUCACCGUCAUGGGCUGUCUUGCCCGCGAGGAGGUCGACGACGACCUGCUGUACCAGGUCUUGGUGGCGCUGCGCAAUAGCGUGGGCCGCUUCGGCGAGGAUAGCAACAGCGACAUGCUCGUUGCCAUCGUCACGUCGCUGUCCAAGAUGAUGGCCAAGCUCCCGUCGGCGUCGCGCUACGGGCUGCAGCUGUUCUGGCUGGCCAUGUCGCUCCUGCGGCUGGUGCCGCCCAGCCUGUUCAACUGCACCGCGCUGUUCCUCGAGUCGGUGCUCACCAACAUCAGCACGUCGAGCGAGAUGAGGGGCGACAAGAUGGUGCCCUACCUGCUGCAGGGCCGUGGCCAGCUGGAGGAAGCGGCUCUGCCCUUGGACGAAGCGUAUGGCGUGCACUUCAACAGCGAGAACUUCCACUUUGCCGCGUGCGCUUGCCUGGUGCGCGGCCUCAGCGACACGGUGACCAAGGUGACGGCGCUGCGCGUUCUGUCCACCUUUUUGGAGAUGACGACUGCGCCGACGACGGCGACGGCUGGACCCACAGCGGUGGCGGCCUCGCCAUCGUCGUCGUCGUCCAACGGAAACGCAACAACGUCGACGGAAACCGACGGCAAGACGGUCCGCAACCUGUCGUCGUCGCCGUACAUGGCGCUGAUCCUGGCGCGCACCGUCAGCCUCGACGAGCUCCGCGAGAACCUGUGGUCGGCGGGCAUCAACCCCAGCGGGCUGUCCGACAUCAACGGCAUCCGGCGGGCCACGCAGGACCUGCGGCUGCUGCGCGACAAGGACCUGCUACUCAACACGGCCAUCGAGCUGGUCGACUUCCAGUACCUCGAGGACGCGUUGCAGAACCGCACGCUGCAGUGGCUCAACGACAUUGUGCAGGGCAGGCCGUCGGUGAUUAUGCAUCUGGCCAACCCCAUCAUCUCGAUCCUCGAUGACAUUUUGCUGCACUGCCAGAACCCGCCGACGCUGGAGUCGGCGCACGCGCUGCUGCAGACGCUGACGUCAAACCCCAAGUUCUCGACGGCGUUCGAGUCGACGGCCGUGCUCGACAGGGUCCUCGACGAAAUGGGCUUCCGCGGUCUCUGGCGGUCGUGCUCGUUCAACCUCUCACAGGAGCAGGAUAAGCAGUGUUUUGGCCUGACGGAGAAGUUGAUUGAGGUUCGUUUUCCUUUCUCGUCUGUCUGGCAUGCAAUUUGA